AUGCCGUCCCACUCGGAUAAUCGACUAGAACUGCUACGCUCCAAUAUGAUGGAUACUGGAGGAGUGGAAGAGAAAGUGGAAGUGAACCAGAGACAUUUGAUCGAUAAAAUCCUUGCUAGAUACUCUGCUGAAUACGUCUUGUACAGAGAAUUGAUGCAGAAUGCCGAUGAUGCCUCUUCUACCAGUAUUUCUAUCCAUUUUCACUCUACCUCACCCGAUACGACAAAGCCGCCUAAUCUACAAGCCAAAUGCGACAAGAUUAUAUUUAAAAACAAUGGCAUGGCAUUUCGCCCUGAGGAUUGGCAAAGAUUGAAGAGAAUCGCAGAAGGAAAUCCAGACGAGCAGAAGAUUGGUGCAUUUGGUGUUGGUUUCUACUCACUUUUCUCGGUCUGUGAGAAUCCCUUCGUUUUUUCAGGAUCACAGUGCAUGGCCUUUUACUUUAAAGGCGAUCAAUUAUUCGCAAAAAGAGCAGAUGUGCCCGACAAAGAUAUUGAUCCAUGGACAUCGUUUUUGAUGGAUCUGCGAGAGCCCAUGGAAAUGCCUGAUUUCGACCAUUUCUCGAGAUUCUUGACUACCAGCAUGGGAUUCACAGCCAACUUAAAACAAGUAGCCAUCUACUUUGAUGAUCAACCCAUAUUUAAAAUCACCAAACGAGAAGCUGAACCCAGAUCCAUGGCCGUUGAUACCCGCAAAAUGAUGCUGACUACACCACAACGCAUGUUUACCAUCACCGGCGCUGACAUGAGACAGAUACAGCUGGAUGCCGAGAAAUACACACCUCCCUCGCUGUUUGCGCCACUGACCAACUUUUUAUCCAGCAAAUCUAAAUUACCAUCCUCUAGCAACAAUGACGGUAGAAACGAAAAGGGACUACCAGUAGAAAAGGCCAGCAUCUUUCUUCGAGUGGUUGCAGGUGCAUUAAAAGUAAGUGUAUCUCGAGACUUUGAAAAGGAGAUGGAGAGAGCCACCAAAAAGAAACCACCUAGCACCACCAAAUUUCAGCUUGUGUAUACCGGAAAAGAGGAAUUGGAUGUAUCAGAGAACGGAAACCAGAUAUUCAAGGACCUGAUCCCCUUUCCUCAUCAGGGCCGUGUGUUUAUUGGAUUUCCUACACAUCAAACGACCGGGUGUUGCUGUCAUAUGGCGUCUCGAUUUAUACCCACUGUCGAAAGAGAGAGCAUUGAUUUUGCAGACAGAUACAUUAGUGUGUGGAAUAAGGAGCUGUUGGCGGCUGGUGGGUUAUUAGCAAGAAUGGUAUACAAUGAUGAAAUGGCACAAAUAGCCAGGCUGUACCGUGAACUGGUGGGGUUUGAUGCAGAGGUAGACAAGAUCAAAGCAGAGGAGCAAAAAGACAACGCCAAGAUCAUGCUAGAGAAGAGAGCAGCCCACGCACUGCAUUCAUUCACAUUUCAGCAUUCCACACCAAGCACCAUCGUCAGUAAACUGCAAGAAGAACAAUUUUUUGCCUCUUGCAAGGUACCUCUGGAUGUGAUGACUUCGCACGGCAUCCAACCCAUCACGAUUGCAAGAAGCGUGCCUGAUUAUACCUCUGUUAAGGGCAACGAGAUUACUAAAUUGCUGGAUGGCUUUGUCAAGACGAUACCCACCAUCACACCUGUCAUUUCAGAAGACUGCAAGGAUAGUAUCACCAAGCUAACUAAAUUCAACAUGCUGGUACCACUUGGAUUCAAUGACGUGUUAAAGGAGCUCGACACAAGAUCGCUAGAAGAGAAGGAAAUGGUGUGCUGUCUCAAGUGGUGGUUCAAGUGCAACAAGAACGACGAGUGUAUACCCAGACAAACAAAAGAUCAUGUCAUCAACAAUGCUAGUGCGCGUCAAAAGUUCCUGGAGGCUGCCAUCAUGAAUCGUGGUGAAGAGCGUGGUUUGCUGCAAUUGUCUCAUACACGAUGGUUUCUGAACCCCAAGACCAUUCCUGCGGACAUGCCACUUCCUCAAGAUACCAUGCCUAUCACUGUCUCUGCAGGUCUUCCUCAGUCGGAUAUGAUCAGCUACCUAGGGAACAUGAGCGAACUAACUGUAGUGCACUGGAUUCAAUUCAUUGCACAAUCCAAGGUCGAGCUGGAAACAUCAAAGGAUUUUGCAGAACGUGUGUUGAUUGUUGCCAGCAAGAGCUAUGUGCAUACAUCCUCCACCAAAACUCAAGCUGAUCUGGUGCAAAUACUUCGAGCAAAACGCUGUAUGCCAACUCGAUUUGGUAUGAAACUACCUCAAGACGCUUAUUUCUCAUCUGUCAAGCUGUUUGAUGAUCUGCCUAUUGUGGAUUUCUCCAAGAAGAGUAUCAAUGACACCUUCUUGACGGCACUGGGUGUCCGUAAACAUGUUGAGCUACAAAUGGUGUUUGAUCGAUUAAUUUCUGAUGGCAGUUGGUCUCAUGUGGACCUUGUCAAAUACCUUGCAUCUGAAGCAACCACAUUGAGCGACAUUGAAAUCAAGCGAUUACGAGAAACUGCCAUUUUUACAAAGGAAGGUGAAGAGCCACGCUUGAAAGAGAUCAACAAGCCAAGUGGUGUACUGGACGGUGAAGGAAAACCCAUCAUGGAGAAGCAAACCAAAAAGGUGUAUAAGCGUUAUCGUGCUGGUGAUCUGUUUGCACCUACCGAUAUCGUGCGAGAUCUCAACUUGCCCACCAUCUAUUGGACCCGCAUGCCUCGAUGGAGACCUGACAGUGCAGAAGCUAAAUUCCUGGAAAGGCUGGGACUCAACAUCAAACCUCCCUUGGCCUCGUUACUGUUGCUAGCAGCGCCUGAUACCAAUACGACAGCUGAAAGGGUCGCUAUUCAAAGACGUGCUCUCACUUAUCUCAUUGAAAAUCGCCAAGAUUACAACGACACAUACAAUGUUAACGCCAUCCAGAUCAAGUUCUUGCCUUGUUCAGAUGGCAAAACGUACGCUGCUCCCAAGGAUUGUUACUCUAACCCUAAUGUGCAGCUGCUUGGCUUCCAGGUGCUUCAUUCAGACUUGAGUUCUGUGUGUGACAAACUCGGUGUACGGGAGAACCCACCUUCUGAUAAACUGAUUGCUGCCUUUGUCGACAGACUGGAAACAAACCAUGAUGCAGCGCGCAAGAUCUUUGAGUACAUGGCAACACGUAUGGGUGAGUUCUCUCGUGGACAGUGGGAUUUGCUAAGGCAGCUCGCCUUUAUUCCUGUGCAAGGCAAGCAAGGACCUGCUCAACUCCAUCAACCUUCACAAGUCUAUUUUGAAACCGACACCUCUGCCAUGACUUUCCACAAAGAACUGUUUGUGUAUGUCAGCUUUGGGUCUCAAGCAAACCGCUUCUUGCGUUCGUGCGGUGUCAAGGAUGAACCAACGACUGCUGAAUUGGCUGCCCUGCUUGUCAAAGAUCCACAGCGUUAUUGGGAGUUGAGUGGUGGUGGUGAGCGCUACAUCGAGGUACUGCGUCAGAUUGCUGGCCAAUUCAAUUUGAUCAAGUCAGAUAGACAGCUGCUGAAUGACAUGAAGACAAAGCCUUUCUUGGUGGGUACCAAGCGCACAACUCUAUCUGAACAACAACAGCAGCAAGAAAAGUUGGGCAACGAUGAGGAUGUUGCAGAAGAGGAAUUUGUGCAGUAUAGACUUGCCAAGGCCGCUGAUAUCUUUAUAAACAAUGACACCAUGGCUCAGCAGAUCUUUAGUCCACUGUCAGCUCCCAUGGAGGAAGUGUUGGAGGAAUUCUAUAUCAAUUUGGGCAGUAAAAUGCUCUCCAGCCAAAUUACGGAAACUUACUCCUAUGCCACCCAUUUGGGCGUUACCAUGGCAACCAAGAAAAUCACUGGCAUGAUCUUUGAGCGUGCGCCCAUCGGUAUCUAUCAGAUGGUGAAUGACGGACACAAGAAGAAGAAAGAUCUCUUGCGAGACGAAAAGUACAUCAAGCAGCAUCUCAAGGUCACUCAAGUCAAGGAUCUCAAGAUUGUUCGCACCUUUCGACACACCAAUGAAAAGAACAUUCAGCCCACCACAGCAUGCGCUGAUAUCACCAACUUUCAAAUCUAUGUGUCGGAUGCCAACGACAUUGAUUACUACGACAUUGCUCAUUCCUUGUGUCGCUUGAUCUUUGCUCGUACCCGCUUCAACGAUGCUAUUGUGAUGGAGCGUUACUUGACAACCAGCUUGUACAAUUUGCGUCGCAAAAAUGUCCCUGUGGAUCGCAUUCUCAACAUCAAGAAACGACAAGAUGCUGCUCCUGCCUACACGCCUCCUACGCCUACGCCUCCGCCUACCUCAACCAACAACACCCAUCAAACCCAAAGAGCACCUGCAACACCACCUCCGAACAUGCCCAAGCCUCUGUUACCCAAAGAACUGGAUACCUACACAAAGCAAGUCAAGGAAGUGUUUGGUGAUUGCCAGGAUGCUUACAUCCGACAACUGUUGUCGCAACAGCACACUGAUCACGUUCAAAAUGUCAUCACCAGGCUACUUCGCGAGGACUAUCCCAAGGUCAAGAUGCCUGGACAAGAUUUGGAAAAGUCGAUUGUGUCUGAAGAAGAAGAACUCAAAAAGCAGAUUGAAGCAGCUGCUGCUCAACAACGUCUUCAAGCAAAGGCUGAGAGAUCUACUGGUGGCUUCAUGAACAAGAUCCUGAGCAGCUGGAGAUCGAGCCCCUCUUCUCCCGUCGCACCGCCUCCUUCAUCUCAUCCUCCCACCCAAACAACAUCAUCGCUCAUUGCCAACGAGAUUACAAAGCAGAUCGAGGAAAGCUCACAAAAGCCCAAGCUACCGAAGCCUGAUCAAACCAUCACGCCCAAUUUCACUGCCAACAUUCAACAAAACCUCAAGCGAGCCAUUCAUUCAUGCAAACCCUAUGCUGGUCAGGACCUGUAUUCACCCCCUCGCAUCAACCAAGUCAAUGAGUCAUCCACUUACUGCGAUUCAGCGUCUGGCCAAGACUUGACCUAUGUCGGUAACGUUAUGGGCAUGGAGUUCUUUGUGCAUCGUACUGUGCAUCCGGACGAUGUGUUGCAACAAUACGGUCAACCCAUGGCACGAUUCAACAGCAUUCUCACUGCAUUGGCUCGUGUGUUUGAACUCAAGCUCGCCACCAUCCAAAUCUACUACGAUACUGAGGGUCCCACUAUUGCGUUCAAUCUGAGCGGCAGCUUGUUUAUGAAUUUGAGAUACUAUCUGGCGUUGCAUGACACGACCGACAAGCAGCAGGAGUCAAGCAAAAGAAAAGAAGCACUCAUCUAUUGGUUCAUGACACUCUGCCAUGAAUUGGCUCACAAUUUUGUCGGUCAACAUGACUCUACUCAUGAAUUCUACAUGUCGUCUUUUGCAGAGACCUAUCUCGAAUCUCUGAUGAAUUACAUCUAUGGCCCAUCUGAUCAUCCUGUUGCCGAUCCUCAACCACCCACUUCUACUGUUGCUAAAACUAAUCCAUCGCUUGAUCUCUUGGAUUGA